AUGUCUCUCCCCUUCGGCAUCAUCAUUUCAGGCCGACCAGUCGAUGUCUCACCACAAGCAAUCACAGAAGCCCAAUACGCAUUCCGAAUCUCUCCCAGUCCCGCCUUUAGCCAUAUCGUAGUAUUCCUCCUCCCAGGCAUAACAUUACCGCCAGGCACAGCCGCAUCGGUAUAUGUUCAAAUUCCACCUACGCAAGAAUUCAAGCUAUUAGGAGCCAUAGGACCGGGCAAAGAAAGUGCAAUUUUCAAGAUCUCCGGACUGAAAUCUUCCAUCACGAGUCAUGAGAACGCCAUGCUGGACGAUCCCACGAUGCAAGCCCAACAAGCGAAUGCAGUUCCACAAGGCGAUAUAGUGGUGGGAGUAUCGAUUGAACCCGAAGCACAAGUUGCCUCGCAACUUGCUACUCUGCAGAAUGGUGGACAGCCUACGGCCAGUAACAACGCCCAACCUUCCAGCGCAUUAGUCAGGAUGGGAGCAGGAGGUGCUGAUGGGAGAGCUUCGACCAAAGUUCUCGCGCAAAGGAUUAUUGGGAACGCUUUCAAUUUCCUUGCCAGCUUUGGAAGUGACACGGUGCCGUUGAAGGCUUUUCAGAACUGGUGGGAGAAGUUUGAGAAGAAAAUUGAUCUGGAUCCGAGUUUUCUGGAGAGAGAGGGCGUGGAGUGA